CCGGGAACAGCUGUUUGUACCGUUGCAUGUUUUUCUUUUCUUUUUUUUGUUAUUUAACGCUGGACUUCACAUGAGUUUUUUAAGAAAAGGCGGUCGGUUCUUGAUUGCCGGCAUUCUGCCGGGCAUUGACCACAGCGCAAACGAUAUUGUCGACAAAGAAAGCAAAACUUACAAAUCUUUCUUAGAGAAUAGGCCCAAAGAUGAAACGGGCCUGGAGCGACUCAAGCAAAUGUUUACCGUGGAUGAAUUCGGCAGCAUAUCCACAGAGCUCAACUCCAUAUACCAGUCAGGCUUCCUCGGUUUCCUUGUAGGAGUCGUCUAUGGAGGUAUUACACAAUCACGAGUCAGCUACAUCAACUUCAUGGAGAACAAUCAAGCGACCGCAUUCAAAUCGCACUUUGAUGCCAAGAAAAAGCUGCAGGAUCAGUUUACGGUGAAUUUCGCGAAAGGCGGCUUCAAAUGGGGAUGGCGUGUCGGUCUCUUUACCACUUCCUACUUUGGAAUAAUAACCUGUAUAUCUGUCUACCGUGGCAAGUCGUCAAUUUAUGAGUACCUAGCAGCGGGCUCCCUAACUGGCGCCAUCUAUAAAUUGAACAUGGGUCUGCGUGGCAUGACCGCUGGAGGCAUAAUUGGUGGCUUUUUGGGUGGCGUCGCUGGUGUGGCAUCGCUGCUGCUAAUGAAGGCUUCGGGCACCACAAUGGAAGAGGUGCGCUACUGGCAGUACAAAUGGCGCGUGAAGCGAGAUGAUGACAUCCAGCAAGCCUUCAAAAACCAGGCCGAAAAAGAUGCGCCCGAACUAUUCACCGCGCACGACAAGCGCGUGGGCGAUACGGUAACAUUGGAGUCGGUCAAGUGAAGCAUCUCAAUGUAACUUUAGAUAUCGUUUAUUUAAAUAAUAAAUUGCAAUAAUGUCCUUGAAAUGGUGUACAGACAAUACAAUUAAGGAAGCCCAAGUUGGCCACUGC